GGUAUAUGGUAUGUAUUUUGUGGCAUGUAAUUUGUGAAACACUUCCUUCUGAUAGAGCCUACUGAAAGACAAGAAAAAUGAGGUCAGAAAGAUGUUCCUUGAUGACAAGCUGGUAGAACUCAUUCAAAAAGAGCAUGUCUAUCGCUACUUGGUUUUCCCAAUGAAUUCCUCAGGAGGUAAUAAAGAGAAGGACAAUGAUCCAUAUCAUUGGACUGUCCUGGUUUAUGACAUUGAGGAUGGGCAAUGGAGGCAUUACAACUCUAUCAGACCAACUGGAAGAAAUGCAGAUGCAUACCUUACAGAUGCUCGUUUAAUGAAAAAGUACGUUAAAGGAUUCGUGAAGAAAAACCAUACCCCAACAUUCAACCUUUCAUCACAAAACGAAACAAUCUUUCAAAAGCAAAAGUUUGAUACUCCAAUAAUCUCACCCGCAUCUCCGCAACAAAUACCUGAAACCGUUGACUGUGGAAUUAUAGUCUACUACAUCAUUGAGAAGCUUGCACAAGGAGAUCGCAUCCCUAAGUCAUUGACAACUAAUGCAAUCAGACAAUACAUAGUGUUAUUGUUGCAGAGGUUUCUGUAUGAUAAAUCAAGAACAUGGACAGAAACUAUUUGGAAAGACCGAAAGUUGGCAAGUUAG